AUGCCGCACUUCUACACGUCAAACGUUACCGACAAAUCCUCUUCGAGGGAAAACCAUGGUGUACCGUAUAUGAAUAUUACGGCGGAUGAAAUAGACUUACACCCUAUUACGCGUUGUAUAGAACUUUACAUCAUUCCAAUUAUUUGCAUCAUUGGAGUGAUUGGAAAUACUUUAUCAACAAUCAUCUUUAUGAACAAGACACUGAGGAACAGUUCGUGCAGCAUCUUUUUGGCCGUCAGGGGAAUGUCUGACAACGGAUUUCUAACAACACUUCUAAUACCCUGGAUUUCGAGAACAUUCCGGCUGGAGUUAGGUUCCACAAAUGGCGUUUGUCAGCUUAUCGUAUUUCUGACUUACGUUUGUGGUUUCAUUUCCGUGUGGAUGGUGGUUUUCGUUACUGCAGAAAAUUACAUUCGCAUUUGCCGGCCGUUCAUUGUCAGCCGAAUUUGCACACCGGCUAAGGCUAAAUUAGUAGUGGCUGCUUUGGGACUAACAGCAGUCGCUUUGUAUAAUUUUCCGUUUUGGGCGAUGACGCCUUCAUCUUGUGAGAGUUAUCCUAUUCUCUAUAAUGUCGUACAAGGACUAGUGUAUACCGACACCGUCUUAACGCUAGUAUUUCCAUUCGUUUGUAUCGCCCUGCUGAUGACCGCAAUCGUCUGUGAUCUUGUUCGGUCCUACAAACGCCGAAAUCAUCAUAGAGCCCCUAGCACAAGAAACAAUCGGAAUCCAAUGGCAAAAGUAACCAAAAUGCUGUUCGCUGUGACAAUAUCGUUCUUUGUGUUGAACUUACCGUCGCAUGUUAGCAGGUUGCGUAGUACACUUAUUAACAUGACAACUGGUGGGGGUUUGUCUUCCUUGGACCAAGCUGUUGGACAAAUAACGCUAUUGAUUUACUACUCAUCCUUAGCAUUCAAUAUUGUUCUGUACAUUAGUUUUGGCAGCAGAUUCCGCUGUGUUUUUAUUGAGGUAUUUUGCUCAAGAUGCAAAGAUCACAUUUCAUGCAUGGCGUCGAACAACUACGAAAAGCACAAUAUAGAGCAGUCAACGUCCGUUCUCCUUUUGAGGAAUCAAGGGACUAAACGUGUACCAAUUCAUCAGUUGACGGACGAAAACGACGUCAACAACGAUUGUUGA